GUUCUCGGUUCGACCUCAGCUCAGCCGGGCUGCGCGUUUCCAUAGUUUCGAUUCCUUCGCGUCGCGUCUGCUUCUGUUUCUGCUUUCGCACCCCCGAAAAAAGCUCCGCUUGACCCUGCGGGGCAGAAUUGAGAAGGGCAAAGUUGGUUCGCCCCUUUCCUCGGGAACGCAAAUUUCUCGGUGUCGUUCACGAUCGCGAAUAAAAACCUCCAGCGUGAGACUUUCGGAAAUUGAAUAUCGUCGAACAAAGGCGGACCUGGCGCUGCUGCUGCGGUAGAUGAUUCGACGUAAAUAUUGCGCGGCUUGUCGGCUGGUGAGUGACCCAAAUCAAGGUGCGCAUGCUCUCCGCGCUUCUCUGGGGUGCGUUGUGUAGAAGAAGAAGAGACGUGGGUGGAUGAAUGGACGGACGGACGUUACUUGCGGGGUGUAGUGCACGGAAACCACGAAAAGCAUCCAGACUUCGCUUUUUUUCUCUUCCCCGUUUCAAUUUCGGCACUCGCGCCGCGAAUCUUUCAGGAGUUUGUUCCUGAUUCGGAAGCCACUUGUUCGGUAGCUUCGUUUAUACAUCCUUUUACGCACUAUCGCCGCUCCGACUCUCGUACACGCGCGGAAAUCAAUAUCAGCUGUCCUUGCUUUAUUCCCUGUUGCAUGCAGAGUCCGACCCGUUGAUGCUGCUGCUACUUACAUGGGACGAAACCUUCAUGAAUUGCUGCCCCUUCAUGACGCGGCUAGGGGAGCGAAUGGUCAGCAUGAGCUCGAUGCUCGUGGAAACAGUCAGCAUUAAUUACGAAGAUUUUAACGAAAGUUUUUUAACGUGUGGAACUUGUCUCUGCGUGUACGACGGCAGUGAACACACACCAAAAUUACUACCAUGUUCGCAUACGGUUUGUCUCCAUUGUCUGACAAGGAUCGCUGCGUCACAAACCAGAGAAGCUGGAGCAUUCCGAUGUCCUAUUUGUCGAGAACUGAUCACUAUUCCUCGAGGUGGAGUGCCGGCAUUACCACCAAGUUUUUUGGUUAAUCAGUUGCUCGAUCUCAUGUCCAGGCAGAGGCGCGAGGUCAUCCCUAAAUGUUCGGUCCACAUAAAUCAAGAACUUCUAUUCUGCGAGACCUGUGAUACUGUAUUUUGCACAGUCUGCACUGGCGGCAGCCAUGCUGGCACUUCACCCGGAUGCACGGAACACACUAUUAUUCCUUUUAGUAUCGCCAUUAAACGUAUGUCAGAAAUACUGCUCUACAAAGCGAACGAGUGUAUAUCCAAGUUAACUCAGGCGCAAGACUCGGUCGGCGCUGAGCUCCGACGCCUCGAUACUGCCACAGAGAGAUGCUUGAAUGCUGUCGACACAGAGUUUGCGGAAAUAAUUGCGCGAGUAGAAAGGAGGAAAGUGGAGCUCCGAGCAGCGGUUACCGCAGCGGCAAAAGACAAGAAGCACGUCCUUGAAGAACAGCAUGCACUGAUUGAAGCAGAAAAGAACAAAGUUGAACGAGAGUGCGAAGGUCUUCAGUACCAGGUCGAAGUCCGAAACAUUACUCAAAGAAUUGGGAGCUUGUCAGAUCAAUUGGAUGCAGCCGUAGCUCUUAGUGAACCGAGAGAAAAUGCGUUCAUCACAGCAGAAUUUUUACACAACGAAGCACAUGCGGAAAUAGAAGCUGUGCUUAGUACUUUUGGACGAGUACGUUCAAGCACAACACUACCAGGUUUGUGUAGAGCAAGACUGAAAGAACCUGCAGUUGCUAAGCUGCAGUCAAUAGUUGUGAUAGAAACAGUCGAUUAUCACGGACACCCCAGGAAUGCAGGUGGUGAUCCGAUCAGUGCGGAAUUGACAUUAGCGGAAACAAUUCAAUCGACAAAUUCAACACUUUCCGUUGAAACAGAGAUUAAAGACUUGGAGGAUGGAACAUAUGAAGUAUUGUUUCGACCACCCAGUGCAAGUCGUUACAUUUUGAAAGUGUCUGUUUUCGAACGACCUAUAAAAGAUCACCCUCUUUAUUUUGAUGUAACUGAGCACAAUGAACCUGUUAAAAUGUACGGAAAACGAGGUCACGGAAAAGACGAUUUUCACCAACCAGUUGCUGUAGCGGUUGAUGACGAUGGAACAAUCUAUGUUGUAGACACUGGAAAUUGUCGGAUUACAGUUUUGAACCACGAUCUGGAAUUCCAAAGGCACAUUACUAAUGAAGGAUUGGAAGGACGUAGUUGUACGGGAAUCGCAAUUUCCGAGCAAGGACUUGUAGUGAUAAACUGGAGAACCCGCACAGUUACAGAAAUGACUUCGUUUGGAGAUAUGAUACGAUUCUUUUCAUACAACGGAUUCCAGGAACCUAUAGAUGUUGCUGUGGACAGAAGUUAUGGCCACGUACUAGUAGCCGACAAUGGCCAGAGUUGUGUAUUCGUCUUUGAUUGUGAUGGAAAGAUGUUAUUUCAAGUGGGUAAACGGAAUACAUUUAAAUUGAUAAGUUCAGUGACUGUCGGACCAGCUGGUGAAAUAUUAGUCGCCGAUUCGCGUAUUCAAGUAUUCUCCGCCAAGGGAGAUUUCUCAGAAGAAAUCUACGCUGAAGGUAAAGGGAAAGGAAGAUAUGGAAGCAUUGCAGUAGAUACGGAUGGCAAGAUUGUUGGGUCUCGAUGUGACAAGGGUCGCAGUGUAAUUCACGUGCUAAAACUUGGAGGCGGUACACUGCUAACUGAAAUCGAUUCUCACAGUUCAAAACUAAGGCGUCCUUCAGGUAUCGCGAUACUGCCUAAUCACCAUUUAGUCGUCGUCGACCUCGGAAACGAUUGUGUAAAGAAAUAUCGGUAUUGGUAAAUGCCAUUACACGAAACCGAAAGUAAUUCUCUCGCACGAUGCGAUAAGAUUGCGUGAAAACUCCUACGAAUCCAUUAGAAUCUAAGAUGGUGAGUGUUUGCAGGAUAAUGUUACAUAUGCAUUUAGAAAAAUGCAUAAGAUUACUAGAUUUUAUUCUACUUUCAAAGCCCUGUGUCAAUAAUUUGAUUCAGCAAUCAAUUUUCUGUGUAUAUGGGAAUUGAAUACACAAAAUGCUUAACCUAUAUUUAUCUCGUCGGAGCUUCGUAUCUUGACUCCCUAACUUUCUAGGCUUAAUGUUACGCACAAGUGCUACAAAUGCUACGUGAUGUUUGCCUAAAACUCAACAUUGCUCUGGAGAUAUUCUCAAAAUACUUCUAAACAAUCUUAGAAUAAUUUACGCUUUUUUUCAUAGUAAUUUGCGAAUCCGCACGAAUUUAUUAAUUCAACUGCCAAAGUAAUAAUGAAAUCAAUGAACUGUAACAAUAGGUAACAUACAGUGCCUAUUCAAACAUAAACCUUAUAAAAUCACUCAAUGACUUGUGUGAUUGAAAUCGUAUUUGUUUGAUGUUACAAUACGUUAAUUUCCAAGCAAACAUUGUCCAUCGUCACUGAUGGAUUUUGCCAACAUGUGAACAAUCGUGCAACACUUUUCUGUGAAUCUCUACAAUUAUUAUUUAUUAUUUUCAGUGUUCAUAAGCGAAAUGUUACAGUUCUAUGUACAGCUCUGCUGAGAAUAUCGCUUUCUAAUAAUUAUAGCUUUGUAUUCAGAAGUAAUUUGCACAACGAUCAGGGGUUUAAACAGGAUUCAUUCAGUUAUCCGAUGUUAGUGCCUUACGAAUAUUAAGUAACCUUACUACCCCUGAUAGCCACUAACGAUUCAACAAAUACGGUCUUUUCUAGAUUAUUUUUGCGUGUCAAAAUCUUGACUAAUUGAUAGAUCAAGGAAAUAAACUUGUCCAUGACCCAAACAGAGUGAUACAUUAGUGUAAAGUAACAUGAUAUAUGACAUAUAAUUAUAUAUACAAAUAUAUAAUUUUUUUCUAAAUGAAACUAUAGCUUUAAAUUUGAUUAAAUUAGAAAAACUGAUUUUACGACCGUAACGACGUCUAAUACAUACUUUUGGAUGUAACAAAAAAGUUAUUCUCUCGAUUCAGAGAUUGUAUGUAGUUUCACUCCUGUCCGUGCAACAGGAGAUUACGAAAGCAAUUACCUAUCUAUCAUUGUAGUUGAAAUUAACUGUAUAUAAAACUGGAUUGUAAAACGAAAAUGUUAAUGAAAUCCACUGUGUUUCAUGUAAAAGAAAGGAAGUUUGACAAAUAACAUUCGCCAGAAAGAAUUAAUUUUGGUUCUUUUGACGGUUGAUACGAAAAAAUUGUUGUAAAGUAAAAAAAUUGUUAUUUGUAUGAGAAUUAUGUAUAAAAUGUAUAUAUAUUUUUUCAGUAUUAGGAAAUAGAAAGUGGCUGUUUAUUGUAAACAGAUCUAUAAUCAGAACGAAACGGCUCUUGGUUAUAGAAAGAAUACUGCUCAUUCAUUCACCUUUGCGUAAAUGAUCCAGGAUUUAAUGUAAAUUUACGUGAAUAUUUCUAUCUCUACAAUUCACAGGCGAAUGAAAAUUGUUUUACUCUUUACUGAUUAUCAUAAGCGAUGGUAAAAAUGCAUUUAAUAGCAUUUGAAACAUUCGUGUUGAACAUCUUGUUUUUGUUAAAAUUGACUGCAAAGAACUUGUUUAACGUUUUCUCGUCUUGAGUAAUUUGCCACUAUUAUUUCAUAUAAUUAUUUUUCGAGUCCAUUGGCAUUUGAUUAAACACGUUACUCAUAUAUUAGACAGUACAAAAAAUUGCAUUUAAAUACACGCAUUUUAACUUUGUUUACUAUUCGCAAUGCAAUGAUAACCGAAAAAGCAAAAAUUUUAGUUUCUGUUCAUGCCACGUGAACUAAAUAAAAUGUUGAAGUAAUUUACGUGUGAAUUGAAGUAAAAUGGUGGUUAACUAAUAUUUAAGUUAACUAACUAUAAGUCACGUGGCAUUUUAGUAAACUUAUUAUAAGUAGGAGAUGGCAGAGACUCUAGAGUUGAAAAGACUGCUAUCCUAAAACCAUUUUUCAUGGCAGAGUAUUACUUAAAAAUGGUUAUUUAUGGGAGAACCAAAUUCUUAGUCUUUUUUUCACUUUUUGUCACAUUCAUUUUAUAUGCUGAACAUUUAUAUCGUUUUUACACAAUUUCUAUUUAUAAUUAUUAAAUAUUACGUUGUAUUUUGUAGAAUAUAAGUAUUAUUGCCAUUAUUUCCUAUAGCCAUAAAUCCUACGUAACUUAAUCUGUGCGUAGAUAGUAUUAAAAUUUAUUAUUACAAAAUUAAUUGUAAGCAGUCUCUUUCG